AUGGAGUCUGAACCUAAGCCUAGUGUUGGUGAAGGGCUCUCCCACAUGGGAUUCAACGCUACUGUUGUUGCUGAACCAAGGAAGAGUAUGGACGUUGAUGUUCGAGAAAGUGCAUCUGAACCUCAGGUCAUAAUGGAGGACGAGAUUACCUUCGUCCAAGGCCGACGUUUUUGGUACAUUACUGCAGUCAUGUCGAUACUUAUGUUCCUGAUAUUCCUUGAGAUACCCAUCGUCAUUACGGCAGCCGUGGCAGUCACCGAAGACCUUGGGGGCCUUGAUAUUGUCGGCUGGCUUGUGGCGAGCUAUUUACUUGGCUACAUUGGAGUUAUCGUCAUCUUCGCUAAAUUGAGCGAUAUCCUGGGACGAAAAUUCAUGUUGCUGGUGUCGACAGCCUUCUUCAUCAUCUUCUCUGCCGCCUGCAGCGCAUCCCAAACCUUUGUUCAAGUUGUCGUCUUCCGCGCCUUCCAAGGUAUUGGCGGCGGCGGAUGCUACUCGAUUUGCACGAUCAUUAUUAUGGAGAUUGUGCCGCCGGAGAAAUACACCAAAUACGUGUCUUACAUCAACAUCACAAGUGCUCUAGCGCUCCUCUCGGGUCCCAUCAUCGGAGGUGCGAUAGCCGCUCAUACAAGUUGGAGAUGGAUCUUCAUAAUCAAUGUUCCACUUGCAAGUAUUGCCUUUAUCAUAGCGGCUAUCUCAAUCCCGACCGGUUUCCCAUACCAUGGCAAGUCAAAGGACGACAAGUCGAAGAAUCCCAAAGGCUCCGUGCCCAAGACGAUGCUAGAUCGGGCAGACAUUCCAGGAGCUGUGCUUCUGCUAUUCGCCACACUAAGCCUUACGGCAGGGUUUGAGGAGGCUGAUUCUCUAUUUCCUUGGAAAUCUGCCUAUGUCAUCACACUGCUCACUGCGUCAGGAGUGCUGUACAUUGCCCUUUUGUUGUGGGAACGAUAUGUCACGCUGUCUGAGAAGCUUAGAGAGCCUGUUCUUCCCUGGAGAUUCUUUACCAAUCGGCGGAUGAUGAGUAUAUUGGCAAACCAAUUCCUUCUAGGCGGCCCUACCUUUAUCGGCAUGUUCAUUUUGCCCCAGAGGUUCCAGUUAGUUUAUGGACUUUCCGGCCUGGAUGCGGGAAUCCGGCUGAUUCCAUUCUCUUUUGCCAUUCCCGUUGCGACCAUUUUUUCUGCCGUCCUUGCAGGAAAGAGAAAGAUACCAUUGAUGUAUAUCUUCAUUUCUGGUGCAUGUCUGCAAAUCAUUGGAUUCGCUCUCUUAGGUACACUACCCGUCGAACCCGGUAUACCUGCUCGGAUGUACGGUUAUCAGGUCAUUGCGGGCUGGGGCUGCGGGAUGAUGUUCUCGCUGUUGACCAUCGCAAUCCCUCUAGUGAUCGAAGGUCGCGAUCGAGCUGUCGGUAUGGCUGCUGGCGCACAGUUCCGACUCAUGGGCAGCACAAUAGUACUGUCCAUCUCGACUUCGGUUUUCAAUAGUCAUGUCCGCCCUCUUCUACAUGAGAUAGUAGGCCCCGAGGGGGUUGCGGAUAUGAACAGCUUCAGCAAUUCUUUACAAAAUCUCUCCCAAGCAGCUGCUGAGCAAAUUAGACGUGCUCAGGCAGAAGGAUACAACCGUCAGACGCUGGUCUUAUGUGGUGCUGCCGCAUUGCAAAUAUUUGCUUCGCUGCUGCUCUGGGAUAGGAAGAAACAGCUAGUUGCUUGA